AACACCUUAGGUUUCAUCAGUUUAUCAAAAUAACUUCUUAGCUAGAAAAACACUAUCUUAUAAGAUCUUUUCAUUUUUAAAAGUAUUGUUACAACCAGGAAAAGUUUUUCGCGAAUAUGGAAAGCUGACUUUGCUUAUUGCUUUCAUUAAAGAAUACUUUAUGGUUAAAGAUCCAACUUAAUGAUAAUAAAAACCUCAUUGAAAUUUGCUAUUCAACGAUUGUAGGUUUGGGAAAUGAUAAUCAUUUAAACAUCAUAAAUGUCACAAGAAAUUAAAACAUAAUAUAAAAUAAAACAUGUUUUUAAAAACGUUCCAACGCUACAAUAUCUUUCUUUUUUUUUUUUUUGAAAACAUCAUCUACACUGUUUAUGCAGACUUGAGAGGGGUGAUAAAAAUGAUAAAACUGCUUCUUUGGCCGAAACACUUUGCUUUUUAAAAUUUAAAUAUUUUUCAUUCAAGAUUUUCGUGUAAUUUACACAGAAGAUCUCAUAUUUUUCUCUGCAUUGUCAUCGACUCGUUUCAAGUAAUUUUCUCUGUGUCUGUAUUUUAAAUUUAGUUUCCAAAAAAACAUCGUUAUUUCUUUAGGAAGCAUAUCUGAAUGGUUAAGUAAACAGUUUUUCGCAUCAAAGGCGCGUCUGCUGCGUGUUGAUAGAAUAAUCUUCUGUUAGAUGCUUAAGAACACGAAUAAUGGGGAGCAAUUCAAUUCAAUUUAUUUGAUAUUUAUUUAUUUAUUUUUAACUUUAUUUAAUUUAUUCAUUGCUGUCCACAAAGAUGUACGAUCAUUCACACUGUCUUUCAAAAGCACGCUACACCCCCGGAUUUGUUUUUUUAAAAAAAGGUUAAAGCAAACAUAAAAUUAGUGCGAGACGGGGGUAGAUUGCCAAAAGGAAGUCAUCAAUAUACCGACUGAGUUCUGAUAUUCUCAUAAACGCGAGGAGACACGUGGACAGGAUGCUUCCACUUUUGUUGCUCUUGUUAAGGUAGGUAGCCAAUACACAUACAUUGUCUGCAAUAUUUUUUGUUUUAGCUCAAACGGAUCUACUCGCAGCAAGAACGUCACAAAUUAGACGUAAACAAAUCAUUGGAGGAUAGAACAGGCUGAAUAAGGAUUUAGUCAAAAACGUUGGCCUUUACUUUUUGUAUUUAAUGGAAAUUACGAGACGUCCUAAAAUUUUAAGUUUGAAAGAUCAAGUGCUUUUCUUUAGCGGAUAAGUGUUUUUUGUUUUCUUUUCCAAAAUAAGGUUAAGUAGUUCGUAUUAAACGGAUACGUAGCAUUUUCGUCAUUAGCAAAUAAAAAAUCUAUUCUGUUGCCACUUGGCAAAUAUUUACAAAUACUCCACACGGAAAAGUAAAACUGAAAAUAAAGAAUUUAUCCGCGUAAACGUAGCAAACAUGCUCUUUCCCAUUAGAUAGGUUUUAGAUAGUGUUUUAGAUGUAUCUUACUACUACAAACGUUUUUACGCCCUGGUCGUUAAUUAAAGUUCCCAAGAUUUUUACAUCAGGCCUUUAUUUUUUUUAAGAAAAAGUUAAAAAUCAUUUUAUAUUUUCAUUGGUAGAUAGGAAGUGUAUUUAUUGAAACUUUUAGAUUUCUACCUGGCCUGCUCGUGAAGAUAACCUGUCUAAAAAUAACAUCAGAUUUUUAGAUGCACUAAUCUGCUAGCGCAUAAUAUUCUACCAUUCACGUUCAAAAAAAGAAAACGUCAAUUUUGCUGACGUUCUGUUAAUUAAAAGGAAGGAAUUAAAUAUUUAUUUUUGAAUUUAAUUGAAUGCACACGCUGCUUCCAACACUAGAAAUCAGUUAAAUGUCAUUUCAUUUCCCGCCAAAAUAAUUUUUUUUUUCACGCACGUGCGUAUUGUUUGUUUAAACGAUCAAAUCAACAUAUCACAUGUCAACAAAAGGGGAAGGCUUAAAUCGUAAAACUUCCCUUGUUAAGAACUUCACCUAUGUUCUAUGUUGUGUUUUUUAUUAUUUUUUAACUACAAUUGUUACUUCUUUUUUAGUUUGAUUGAAUUCAUGACGUCACUGAAAAACGCACAUGUCAGCCAUUAUUUAUACAUAUAUUCACAAGCAUCCAAAUCUUAUGUCCAAAUUAAAAAUGGUAGACUCAACGCUGAAGGAAAUGGAAAUAAAUAUAGUGUGUUUAUAAAAGAAAUAGAUGGCCGCAUGUUAUUAAGACUACGUUCAAAUCAUACAGGUGAAUACAUAUGCUUAGAUCCAACCGGUGAUCGAUUUAUUCUUCAGAAGAAACAUCGCGAUUCGACUUUAUGCUUGCUGUUUCAAGAUCCGGUAAUACCAACCCGUUACACAUCAACUUAUAACCGACAAAGAGUGUUAGCAUUCAACAGAUUUGGUGCUUUAAGAAACAAUAAAUUUAUUUUAAACUCUAUAAGCCAUCGCAGCGUUUUGUUUCUUGAAACACCAAUAAUACGCCGCUUCACGAAACGGGUGUGUAAGUGCAGGUGCAUGAACUCGAUUGAUAACUUUUUUAGUAAGACUGACCCAGACUAAUUUGAGUUGAUUGAAAAAAUAAUAACCGGAUAUGUUUUGAGGGGAAAUAUACAUUGGUUGACGAUCGAUUGAAUAGAAAAACUGACGACUUAUUGACGCUGCAACAAAAACCAAAGAAAACCGAGAAAAUAUUUUUAUAUGGACAAAUAAAUGUUUAUUUUA